GCUGCCCCGGCGCUCUGAAAACACGUGUAGAUCGUUUCUCUUCUCACGGGAGAGUUCUCCGUUAAAACACCGGGCUGACGGGCCGCAGCUCGCGGACACGCAACACAAUGAGACCCAUCCUGCUCCAGGGCCACGAGAGGUCCAUCACGCAGAUCAAGUACAACCGAGAUGGGGACCUGCUCUUCUCCGUGGCCAAAGACACGGUGACCAACGUGUGGUACUCUGUCAACGGAGAGCGGCUCGGCACCUACAACGGCCACACGGGGGCCGUGUGGUGUGUGGACUGCGACUGGGACACCAAGAACGUCCUGACCGGGUCGGCAGACAACAGCUGCCGACUGUGGGACUGUCAGACCGGUAAACAGCUGGCUCUGCUCGAGACCAACUCCGCCGUCAGGACGUGCGGCUUCGACUUCAGCGGCAACAUCGUCAUGUUCUCCACGGACAAGCAGAUGGGGUACCAGUGCUUCCUGAACUUCUUUGACCUGAGGGACCCACAGCAGAUCGAGGACAACCAGCCGUACCUGUCGCUGCCGUGCAACGACCACAAGAUCACCAGCGCCGUCUGGGGGCCGCUGGGCGAGUUCGUCAUCGCCGGCCAUGAGAACGGAGAGUUCAACCAGUUCAGCGCUAAGUCUGGGGAGAUCAUCAAGAAGGUGAAGGAGCACACCAAGCAGAUCAACGACCUCCAGACCUCCGUGGAUCUCACGAUGUUCAUCAGCGCCUCCAAGGACAACUCGGCCAAGCUGUUCGACUCGGCUUCUCUGGAGCACGUCAAGACCUUCAAGACGGAGAGACCCGUCAACUCGGCGGCCAUCUCGCCCACCUUGGAUCACGUGGUGAUGGGGGGCGGCCAGGAGGCCAUGGAGGUCACCACGACGUCCACCAGGAUCGGCAAGUUCGAGGCCAGGUUCUUCCACGCUGCCUACGAAGAGGAGUUCGGCAGGAUCAAAGGUCACUUUGGCCCCAUCAACUGCGUGGCAUUCCACCCCGACGGCAAGAGUUACAGCAGUGGAGGAGAAGACGGAUACACGAGGAUUCAUUACUUUGACCAACAGUACUUUGACUUUGAACUGGAGGCGUAAACACCACACAACUCCACCCGGUCCAGUCAGGAAGGAGAACCCACAGUCCACUACCCCCCCCCCCCAAUUCAAAUAAAGAGGUCGGAGACGAGAGGCUCCCUGGUCUUUUUUUGCUUUUUCUAACAUCUUUGUGGCAUAAGAAGUGAUUUUUGUACCCGGGAUCCAUCGAGACUUCAAAGCCAACUCAGUGUUUUUAAUCUGUUUCUACUCGAGUAGAACUGGAUCUGAGAUGUUUUCUGCUGUCAUUCCACUAUUAAAAUAACUGAAUUCAA